GCAAGUUGUUGCAGCGCUGGAAUGCUCCCGUAGAGCUGCGGAUGAGCAGACAAGUGGCUAGCUCCGCGGUGCCCGGGGGCGGAGGCGGUAGUUCGGGCUUUGCCCUUGUUGUGGGCUUGUCCGCCUUAGGAGCGGGCGCCUACGUGUACAGAACACUGAGAGAAAACAAAGAGCGGGUCCCCAGCCGUGUCACAACGAUAACGACGCGAUCUCAAGACAGUGAAUCGCCUCCUUCCGCUCCGGGAGCUCGCCCCGAGGUCCCAUCUCAUGUUCCUUUCCUGCUGCUCGGUGGAGGAACUGCUGCUUUCGCUGCUGCCAGAUCCAUUCGGGCUCGUGACCCUGGUGCCCGGGUGCUGAUCGUGUCUGAAGAUCCUGCCCUGCCCUACAUGCGUCCGCCUCUUUCCAAAGAGCUGUGGUUUUCAGAUGAUCCAAAGGUGACGGAGACUCUGCGAUUCAAACAGUGGAACGGCAAGGAGAGGAGUAUCUAUUUCCAGCCGCCGUCAUUCUAUGUGCCUGUUCGUGAUCUGCCUUUUGUAGAAAAUGGUGGAGUCGCGGUUCUCUGUGGCAAGAAGGUCGUGCACAUGGAUGUUCGAGGCAACACCGUGAAGCUCAGCGACGGUACCCAGAUAUCCUACGACAAAUGUCUCAUUGCCACUGGUGGUUCCCCGAGGAACCUACCCGCCAUUGAAAGAGCCGGAAAAGAUGUGCAACGACGGCUGACGCUGUUCCGAAAGAUUGAGGACUUCAGAAGUCUGGAGAAGAUUUCAAGAGAAGUCAAGUCCAUCACGAUUAUUGGUGGUGGUUUUCUUGGCAGCGAGCUGGCCUGUGCUCUGGGAAGAAGAGCACGAACCAGAGGCCUGGAGGUGAUUCAGCUGUUUCCAGAGAAUGGCAAUAUGGGCAAAGUCUUGCCUGAAUAUCUGAGCAACUGGACCACAGAGAAAGUCAGAAGAGAGGGUGUUAAUGUCAUGCCCAACGCUGUGGUCAAGUCUGUCUCUGUCUCUGGCAAUCGGCUGGUGAUUAAACUGAAAGAUGGUCGAAAGGUGGAGACUGAUCAUAUUGUGGCUGCCGUGGGGCUGGAGCCUAAUGUGGAAUUAGCAAAGUCAGCUGGGCUGGAGGUGGACUCCGACUUCGGAGGCUUCAGGGUGAACGCGGAGCUGCAGGCGCGCUCCAACAUCUGGGUGGCCGGGGACGCUGCCUGCUUCUACGACAUCAAACUGGGUAGGAGGCGCGUGGAGCACCAUGAUCACGCCGUGGUGAGCGGAAGACUAGCUGGAGAAAACAUGACAGGAGCCGCGAAGCCCUACUGGCACCAGUCCAUGUUCUGGUAA